AAAGCCAGACUGAUUCAUAGAAACUCCUUUAAAACACAGUGAAAAGAAACCGCCCAUCACACACCCCAACACACCAGUGCAGGAAACUUAUAACCUCGGGAGGCAGGUCCCUCCCCUCACUGCGUUCACAUACCUCCAGAAGAGUGGACCAGGCGGCCACCAGCUCCUGCCACUCCGGGCGUCUCCGUCCCGAACUCUCGUUUUUGAGUCAUCAAAAAGCCAAGAUGUUGGUAUUACUGGCUGGUAUCUUUGUGGUCCACAUCGCCACUGUCGUUAUGUUAUUUGUUUCCACGAUUGCCAAUGUCUGGGUGGUUAAAAAUGAUGGAUCAUCAUCACAAGGUCUUUGGAAAAACUGUACCAACGGUAGCUGCGAUGAUCUGUCAUAUUCUGGGGAAGAUGCCCUCAAGUCAGUCCAGGCCUUCAUGAUCCUCUCCAUCAUCUUCUCUGUCCUCGCUCUCGUGGUCUUCAUAUUCCAGCUCUUCACCAUGGAGAAAGGAAACCGCUUCUUCCUCUCCGGGGCCACCAUGCUGGUGUGCUGGCUGUGCGUUUUGAUCGGGGUAUCCAUCUACACUAACCGUUACGCGCACCCGAGUGGUUACCACCACGGCUAUUCCUUCAUCCUGGCCUGGAUCUGCUUUUGCUUUAGUUUCAUCAUUGGCGUUCUCUAUCUGGUCCUGAGAAAGAAAUAAGGCUGAACCAGUGUAUGGGGAUCUGGGGGGUGGGGAGAAGGAAGCCGUUGAAUCUGGGAGGGAUGUGGAAGUUGCUAUGCAGGAAAAACCAGGAGAGGGAAGGGGGGCGGGGGAGGGGGACGUAAGGGUGGGAGAGGCUGAAACCCACACCGUUCCUGCGGAGGUUCUCUACUGUCAAGCCUCUGUUCUUGGGAGAAAGUAGUUGGCUAGUACGUCGAUUCUCCCGUGAUGCAGGCCAGAGAGCCUCUCUCCAGCCACCAGACUUGGCCUCCAGCAGAGUUCUCAGUAACACACACUACCUGGGGCUCCAUCAGCUGCCGCACCACUGGCUCCGCUUCUGAGGGUGAAUUCUGGGUCUCUCACUGCGAUCCUCAGACCUACUGCACCAGGUUUAAAUAGCGGUACAAGUUCCAGCAAGAGCUGAUAUUGUUUUUGUGCUGAAUAUGCUGAGCCUGGAAGCCAUCCCACCCUCUGACCCAAAGCAAAACAUCACAUUCCAGUCUGAAGGGUUGACAGGACAGCUUUGGCCAGGAAACCAUUAUCCCUCUUUAGAACAGAUAUUUAGCUCUGUGGAAUUCAGUGGUAUUUGUGACAAAAUGGGAGGAGGAUAUCUAGUCAUAAGAUCAAGUUGGUUGGUUAGCUAAACCAAGAAAGAGAACUUUUCACAACGGAAGGCCUAGGGGAUGGUCAGAACCCAGACCAGACCUCACAUAGCUGUCCCUCAUGAGACCUCUUGCUAUGGACUUUGCUAGACCUCUCGCUUAAAGCCAAGGCAGCUCUUCUGGAGUUUCUGUAAAGCCACUAAUGACCAAUUCAGUGGUAAAGGCACCACACAAAUUAUGGGAUCAAGGGGCAGUCUUGCAACAGUGUGACAUUAGGGUUAUAUUUUUAGGAUUCCCUCUCCAUAAAAUCAAUGUUUCUUUUAAGUAUAUAAUAGGAGAGAGAUGGACAUGGCCCCUUGUAACACAAUCUGUUACUCUCCCUCUAAAUUAUAAACUUUUGGGGAAGUUUUGUCUAAUCGUCCACACUGGGGAUCAGGGCUCCUAGACAGCGAUAGCUCUAGCUUUGACGCUGGCUGGAGUGUCCAGUGGCCCUGUCUAUCCUACGUCACAGGUGAGGCGGGGCAAUUCUGGAAGCUUCUUAAAACACACACAAACCAAAACCAAACAACAGAUCCUUGGGUAAAAGGUGCUAUAUCAUUGUAAAGUAUUAAGCAUACUAGAUUUCAGUCAUGAUAAAAACAGAGUGCCUGUGCUCUAGGAAAAUAAAAAAAUUCUUGUGAGAUAAAAAUAUUGGUGAUGGGUAGAUAUUUUCUUUAAGAAAAAAAAAGAAAGAAAACAUCUUGUGGUACCCAGUCAGAUGGUAAUUGAGCUGUCUGUUGCCACAGGAGCAUCUCUACGGAGGACUUAGUUGUAGUAUGUUAUUCCUGGUUAAGCAGGCGUGGCUUUGGCCUGGAGCAGCUAUUUUAAGCCGUUUCAGAUUCUAAAGGGGUUGUUUUGAGAAGACAUUUCCUUUAUCACCCUGAGAAGAAGAUUUACCCCAGGGAGAAUCUGAGACAUCUUGCCUACUUUCCUUCUCCCAGCACUCUCCUCAUCCCAUUUCUUUUAUACUUUUCCUUUUUGGGGGAGUUGUUAUGCCAUGAUUGCUAGUAUUUAUAUAAAAGGACUAUUACUAAGUAUAUUUCUCUAUGUUCAUUCUGGUUAAAGGAAUGUUGAGGACAGGCCACCAAAUUACCUGCACUGGGGGUAGAAAGAUUGGCAAGCAAAAACUGUGGGAUGAUGAACUUUUUAAUUAUGAUUUGAUUAUCACAUGAUUACAGAAGGCUGUCUUAUGUGCAGAAGCAUACUUACAUAUCAGAUAUAUUCAAAAGAGAUACUUGCAUUAUGUUAAAAAGUCAAACUAUGACUGGAGUGAACCAUGUAUUCCUCUGUCUUUUACCUUGUUUCUGUGACAUUUAUGUCUCAUGUAAUUUGCAUUACAUUGGUGGGUUGUUCUAGUACUGUAUUUGGCUUCUUCUUUAAUAGAUUGAUAUUUCAUAUACUAUAAUUGUAAAUAUUUUGAUACAAAUGUUUAUUACUCUAGGGAUAUAAAAAUAGAUUCUAAUUCCC